AUGGAUGACAAAAAUGCAAAACGAUCCACAAACAAUCUUGAGAUAUCACCACAUCAUGAUCAUGUUGCGUGGGCUGCAAGAAGAUUGCGUAUUGGUGAAAAUUCGACCCAUAACGAUCGAAAUAUUUCGCUUAUUGACGAACCUAGUACUAUGAAUCAUGUGGCUUCGGAAUUCUCUUUUGUUAAUUAUGUCCGCAAUCACUUUAGUAAACAUGAUUUUAAGUUGAAAAGGAAUAAAAAAGCAAAAUUGAAAUCUCUUCAAAAAAGUGGUCCGGAUAUUCCACUUUCCACUUCUUCGCCAGCUGAUGAACCCCAGAAUCUCGAAAAAUCAAAAUGCUUUUCAGCAUCUGAUAGUAUGGUCCAAUUACGUGGUGGAAUUCUCAGGAAUUACCAAAAUAUUAUUAGAAUGAAUGAUAAUUCCUCUUCUUCUUCGUCAUCCACUUCAAGCUCGUCCUCCACCUCUGAUAGCAGUUCCUGCUUGGACUCCUCAGAGUUUAGUGGUGAAUAUUCACGUAGUAUAACAAGGGAAAGUGAUUCAUCUUCCGACUCAUCGACUGAAUCUGAGUCUGAGUUGAGUCCCCCUGAAGCGCCAGAUGGUGGUUGGGGUUGGAUAAUUGUAUUCGCUACUUUUUUCAUUCAAAUGAUUGACGACGGUGUUGCCGUCUCUUUUGGAAUUUUCCUCGAUGACCUAGCAGAGGAAUUCGGUACGUCAUUAAGUGUCGCUUCCUGGGUUGGUGCCUUCGGAUAUGGAAUUCCCUGUCUUGCUGCCCCACUAGCUUCAAUGCUGAUAAAUCGAUUCCAGUGUCGAAGAGUCUGUGUUGUCGGUGGCCUCAUAAGUGCAGUUGGCUGUGCUCUUGCCUUUUUUGUCGAUUCAAUGAUUGGUCUUGUUCUCACCUUUGGUAUUCUUGUUGGCUUUGGUGCAAGUCUUUCGUCCACGGCAGCACUCAUAAUCGUCUCGCUUUAUUUUGAUGAUCGCCGGGCUACCGCUACGGGGUUAUCAAUUGCGGGUUCUGGCGUUGGAUCAUUUGUUUUUGCUCCUCUUGUCAAUUACCUCAUUAGCAUUUAUACUUGGCGGGGAGGAAUGCUUGUUCUUUCGGGUAUUUUCGCUCACAUUGUAGUUUUUGGGUGCUUGAUGCGUCCCAUUGAAACUGGUCGACAAAGACGAAAGCGUCAACUCCUCUUGAGAAUGGAAAACUUUGCAAAGGAGUCAGGUUUUAAGUUGCCCGAAGUCUAUCUCAAAAGUGAGGAGGAAAGUAUUGAUCGACGAAUUCAUCUACUUCGAAAACUGCUCACUAGCCCACAGCGUCACAGCUCAGUUUCCUCGGAUUCAAACUCGACUAGCUCUCUUGUUAUCACUUCCAAUAAGGGACAAAUUGAAGAAUCGAUUUUAUUGAAGGAAUCUAAUGUAGAGAGACAACUCAUACCACCACGACCUGUCCUUCUUGAUCUCGCACCCAAUUCAGCUGCAACAAAUAUCUGCAAUGCUCUAGCUCUUAUUCAGCCUGUUUAUGGUCGAACUAAGCGUUCAAUCUACCACUGCUCGACUGCAAUUCAAUCUGUAACUGAGAGCCAAAUUCGAACCGCCCUCAGUAUGCCUGACCUCCAGGGUUCAACCUCAUCUCUAAUUUCCUCAGAAAGUUCGUUAGCUUUCACUCCUUUGGGUCGUAUUCGUCAGCGCUUCAAUCGCGGAAUUCGGCAAGCGAGGCGGUAUCUCCGAUCUGCCAUUGACCCAUCAAUGUUUGAGAGCCUAUCCUUCAAUCUCUUCCUUAUCUCCACGUUGAGUUUGUUCUUUUGGUGCAAUGUUACUUACUUCUUCAUCACAAUAUAUGCUAAUGAUCAUGUUGGAAUCUCGAGUCGAUUGGCGGCUAUGCUUCUGGCCAUCAUGGGAAGCUCGGAUAUGGUGGGUGAGAUUGUCUACGGAUGGGCAGCCGAUCAGAAUUGGUCAAAUAUUCUCUAUCUCUAUACCUCUGGUGUUAUGGUCUGUGGUCUUGCUACCAUGCUUGUCCCACUUGCUACUUCAUUUUGGUCCCUCGUGCUCUAUAAUCGUAAGCUUAUUCGUUGUAUCGCUUGCUAUUUAUUGCAUUGUUGCAAUUAG